GUCAUUAUUCGGCACAGUUUUCUAGAUUCGAGAGAAGAGAGAUAAAGAGAUAGCAAAAGAAAGAGAGAGAGAGAGAGAGAGAGAAAGGAAGUGAAAAAGAUCUUAAUGGUGGACGUAGCCGACAAAUUGGGUUACUUCCAAGCGAUAACAGGUCUGGAAGAUGCGGAUUUAUGCACAGAGAUCCUCCAAGCUCAUGGCUGGGACCUCGAACUCGCUAUCUCCUCCUUCACUUCAUCAUCAUCAUCAUCAUCUGACCCACUCCAUAACCACCCUUCGUCUUCCCGCGAUCACAAUCGCGAACUCUUUACUGAAUUCGAAGAUGACCCUGCUUUUAACGACGAGGACGGGAGACCUCCGGGAAUCGCUUGGAAGAUCAUAACUUUACCCGUUUCGAUUGUCUCCGGUAGCUUAGGGUUAGCUUCUACCGCGAUCGGGUUCGGAUUCCGGGUCGCCGGUGGAGCUCUGACGUAUUCGCUUGGCAUGUUAGGGUUUGGAUCAGGUCGUAGUGGUGGGUCUGGGUCUGGGUCUGAGUCGGUUUCUUUAUCGGCAGGUGAAGAAGCAAUGGAGUUCAUUUCCUUGUUCGAUAGAGAUUACGGGAGAAACCCUUGUUUUGUAUCCGAAGGUUUCAUGGACGCGCUUCAGCGAUCUAGGACCCAGUUUAAGCUCUUGUUUGUUUACUUGCACUCUCCCGAUCAUCCCGAUACGCCGCCGUUUUGCGAUAGAACGCUUUGCAACGAAGGUGUUGUCGCGUUUUUAAAUGAGAAUUUUGUGGCUUGGGGUGCUAGUGUACGAUCUAGCGAAGGGUUUAAGAUGAGUAAUAGCUUCAAGGCUUCCAGGUUUCCCUUUUGCGCUGUCGUUAUGCCUGCUGCUAAUCACAGAAUCGCUCUCCUUCACCAGGUGGAAGGACCGACGACUCCAGAAGAAAUGAUUGCUAUGAUGCAAAGAGUUGUAGAAGAUAGUUCAACUGUUCUAGUUACUGCAAGGGUUGAGGCAGAGGAAAGAAGAAACAAUUUGCGUCUGAGAGAGGAACAAGAUGCUGCUUACAGGGCUGCUCUUGAAGCCGAUCAAGCAAGGGAGCAAGAGAGAUUGGAAGAGCAAGAGCGUAUAGAGAGGGAAGCUGCUGAGGCAGAGAUGAAACGCAAAGAAGAGGAUGAAGCUCGGGAGAGAGCAGAGCGUGAAGGUGCAGAGAGAGAAGCUGCUAGAGUGAGAAUGAGACAAGAGAAAGCUCUUGCUCUUGGAGAUGAACCUGAGAAAGGUCCUGAUGUCACACAAGUUUUGGUACGGUUUCCGAAUGGAGAAAGAAAAGGGAGGAGGUUUGAAAGCAACACCAAGAUACAGACACUAUACGACUACGUUGAUUCACUUGGAGUGCUGGAAACAGAAGACUAUAGCUUAAUAACAAACUUCCCAAGAACUUUGUACGGAAGAGACAAAGAGUCGAUGUCACUAAAAGAUGCAGGUUUGCAUCCUCAGGCUAGUCUCUUCAUUGAGAUCAACUAAACUUUCAGAUUCUUCUGUUUCUUUCUUCUUUACCCUUCUUUGUCAUUGUUUUAGUCUCUUUUUUUUAAAUAAUUAGUUUUGUUGUUUCAAUGAUCCGAUGGACAAGAUUACAUAUAUAACACACCCAAUAUAUUUAGAAGCUAUGUUACAAUUUGA